AUGUAAAAGCAGAAGCAGAAUUUAGCUCUUAAAUCUUUCUACAACUACGACUCCCUCAGAAACUUAGAAGACCUUAGCGAUGACAUCAUUCAGGCAAACUUAGAGAUGACUGAUAUGGAAAUUGAAUCUUUGACUAGCAUUCUAAAUGAAAUGGAAUUACAGAUUAAAACCACUGAAGUUUUAGACCAAGAUGGCGAUGAAAUGAUAAACAAGAUCUCCAAGGUUUUCAAAUUAAGUUUGAUCCCCAACUCAAACAGGAAAUUCCUCAUUUAUGACAAUGCCAAAGACACAUCAAUUGAGCUGAGAUGUUUGCCAGCAAUUGAGUUGUACUUUGCAAUUCCACAUGCCUACCCGUCAAAUAUAGGUCCUUUAUUUUACAUGGACACUUCAUUUUAUGAGCCUUUCAAAAAUUUCCUCUACGAUUAAUUAGCUUAGAAGUGGUAUGAGAACAAUCCAGUUACAUAUGAAUGCAUUAUUAAUAUACAGGAUGACUUUUUGAACUCUUUCUUCGACCAAGGAGAUUUAGGCAAUGUUAAGCUCAACGAUAGAGGGCAGGUCUAAUUUAACUACAUUGGUGUUGACUUUUAAAGAGUGUUUGAGAAAUCAAUGGAAGCUCAGAGAAGAAGCUUCAAUAAUGAGGAGCACGACUGCAAAAUUUGCAUGAGAAAGUAUUUAGGAGAUAAGUUUUUCUUUCUUUCAGGCUGUGAACACUUUUUUUGCUAUGACUGCAUGAUUACAAUGGUCAAUCAAGCUAUUAAUCAAAAUCAAGUUAACAAACUUAUCUGCGGAGAGGCUUCUUGCAAAAAGAACCUAAAUGAUAUUGACAUCAGAAAUCUUGGUCUCGACAGGCAAACAAUAGAGAAAUAUGAUAAGAUAUCUCUCACCAACGCAAUUGCAUAAAUGGAUGAUCUUGGAUGGUGUCCUUUACCAGGCUGUGAUUCUCUUGCUACAAUUGAGAAAGACGUUAACUAUGGCAAAUGCUAGCAUUGUGACUUUAUGUUUUGCUUAGAUUGCAGAGAGAGAUAUCAUCCCUAUAAAAGAUGCAUGGUCAACAGACUUGACCUAGUCGAUAUCAUUUCAGAGGCAGAGAAGGAAUCUUUAGAUAUGAAAAACAAAAGAGCAGAGGAGGCUCUAAAUAUUCUUUUCUUCAGAUAUUGCGCCAAGUUCUGCCCUAAUCUAAAAUGCGGUAUCAGAAUUUAAAAAGAAAAAUCAGGUUGCACAAAAAUGCAAUGCCCUAAAUGCCAUCAUCACUUUUGCUGGGCUUGCCUUCAUGAUGCAAAAGGAAUGAAGCACUACAAAGAAAAGCCAGAGUGCAAUGAUGAUGGUCCUCAUCUUCAGCCUGAGCAUUUGACCCAAGAUAUUAAAAACAAGCAUCUGGCAGAAGGAGACGAUUACAUUAACCUUAAGUUCUGUGUUUUAUGCCCACAUUGCAAGUCAAUCAACCAAAAGAAGACUAAACAAAAUAUGCUUGAAUGUGUUAGAUGUGCAGGUGUAUUCUGCUAUAUUUGCAACAAGCCUAUAAGUGGACCUGAGCACUAUCAAGGAAAAAGUUUGUGCCAUGUUGAGUCGGAUCCUUGGACAGAUUUCUGA